GAUGAUGAUGAUAAUAAUAAUAAUAAUAAUUCAAUUUCAGGGGUGCAUUGCUGCACAUUCCAAUGAAUAGGCAUAUUGGAGAUGUAAUGCUGUUCUUCCAGAGCCAAUUGAAAUUUUUUAAUUAAUGUAAAUACACAAAAUUAUAAAUUCCUAUUCAAAUAGAAUCCUAGAAUUGGAAGAGACCUGGUGGGCCAUCCAGUCCAAUCACAUUUUGCCAAGGAGCAGGAAAAUCACAUUCAAAGCACCCCUGACAGAUGGCCAUCUAGUCCCUCUUUAUUUAUGUUUUCCUAAAAACUUAGGAAAAUCUUUAGGCUAUGCUAAUAAUUUAAUAUAUUUUAUGUGCCUAUAACUUUUAAGCCGCCUCUCUGAGUCCUCUUUGGGGUGAGAAGGGCAGAAUAUAAUUGCCGUAAAUAAAUAAAUAUAAUAAUUGUAUAUAAUAAUUAAAUAAUAAUACAUUGAUACUAUUUUGGUAUGAGGGGAAGGGAGAAAGGAAGGAAAGGAGAAGGGAAAAAGAAAGGAAAGAAAGAACGAAGGAGGAGGAAGGUGUAUGAUGCAAAACAAGGGGGAAAACAGAAAGGAAAAGGAGACGGAGAAGGAAAAGGUGUACAAGGAAAAGAAAGGAGGAAGAAAGGAUGGAAGAGAAAGGAAAGAAAGAAGGAAGGAAGGAAGGGGAAGAAAUGGAAAGAAAAGGAGGAAGGAUGGACGGAAGGGAAAGGAGAAGGAAAGGACAGAAGGGAAAGAAAAGAAAGGAGGAAGGGAAGGGGAAGGAGGAAGGAAGGAUGGAAGAGGAAGGAAGGAAGGGGAAGGAAUGGAAAGAAAAGGAGGAAGGAAGGAAUUGAAAGGAAAGCAGGAAGGAAGGACAGAAGGAAAAGAAAAGAAAGGAGGACAGGAAAGGAAAGGAGGAAGGAAGGAUGGAAGAGAAAGGAAAGGAGGAAGGAAGGAAGGAAGGAAGGAAGGAAGGAAGGAAGGAAGGAAGGAAGGAAGGAAGGGGAAGGAAUGGAAAGGAAAGGAAAGGAGGAAGGAUGGACGGAAGGGAAAGGAGAAGGGAAGGACAGAAGGGAAAGAAAGGAGGAAGGGAAGGGGAAGGAGGAAGGAAGGAUGGAAGAGGAAGGAAGGAAGGGGAAGGAAUGGAAAGAAAAGGAGGGAAAAAGGAAUUGAAAGGAAAGCAGGAAGGAAGGACAGAAGGAAAAGAAAAGAAAGGAGGACAGGAAAGGAAAGGAGGAAGGAAGGAAGGAAGGAAGGAAGGAAGGAAGGAAGGAAGGAAGGAAGGAAGGAAGGAAGGGGAAGGAAUGGAAAGGAAAGGAGGAAGGAUGGACGGAAGGGAAAGGAGAAGGGAAGGACAGAAGGGAAAGAAAGGAGGAAGGGAAGGGGAAGGAGGAAGGAAGGAUGGAAGAGGAAGGAAGGAAGGGGAAGGAAUGGAAAGAAAAGGAGGGAAAAAGGAAUUGAAAGGAAAGCAGGAAGGAAGGACAGAAGGAAAAGAAAAGAAAGGAGGACAGGAAAGGAAAGGAGGAAGGAAGGAAGGAAGGAAGGAAGGAAGGAAGGAAGGGGAAGGAAUGGAAAGGAAAGGAGGAAGGAUGGACGGAAGGGAAAGGAGAAGGGAAGGACAGAAGGGAAAGAAAAGAAAGGAGGAAGGAAAGGGGAAGGAGGAAGGAAGGAUGGAAUAGGAAGGAAGGAAGGAAGGGGAAGAAAUGGGAAGGAAAGAUGGAAGGAUGAAUGGAAGGGAAAGGAGGAAAAAAGGACAGAAGGGAAAGAAAAGAAAGGAGGAAGGGAAAGGAAAGGAGGAAGGAAGGAAGGAAGGAAGGAAGGAAGGAAGGAAGGAAGGAAGGGGAAGGAAAGUAGGAAGGGAGGAAUUAAAAGGAAAGGAGGAAGGAUGGACGGAAGGGAAAGGAGAAGGAAAGGACAGAAGGGAAAGGAAAGGAGGAAGGAAGGACAGAAAGGAAAGAAAAGAAAGGAGGACAGGAAAGGAAAAGAGGAAGGAAGGAUGGAAGAGAAAGGAAAGAAGGAAGGAAGGGGAAGGAAAGGAGGAAGGGAGGAAUUAAAAGGAAAGGAGGAAGGAUGGACGGAAGCGAAAGGAGGAAGGGAGGACAGAAGGGAAAGAAAAGAAAGGAGGACGGGAAAGGAAAGGAGGAAGGAAAGAUGGAAGAGAAAGGAAAGAAGGAAGGAAGGAAGGGGAAGGAAUUGAAAGAAAAGGAGGAAGGAUGGACGGAAGGGAAAGGAGGAAAAAAGGACAGAAGGGAAAGAAAAGAAAGGAGGACAGGAAAGGAAAGGAGGAAGGAAGGAUGGAAGAGAAAGGAAAAAAAGAAGGAAGGAAGGAAUGGGAAGGAAAGGAGGAAGGAUGGAAGAAGGGAAAGAAAAGAAAGGAGAAUGGGAAAGAAAAGGAAGAAGGAAGGACAGAAGGGAAAAAAAGAAAGGAGGAAGGGGAAGGAAAGGAGGGACGGAAAGGAAAGGAAGGAAGGACAGAAGGGAAGGGAAAGAAGAGACGGCGAAAAGAAGGAAGGGAAAGAAAAGAAAUUAGGAUGGAAGGGGAGGGGAAGGAAAGGAGGAAGAAAAGAACGGGGAAGGGAAGGGGAAGGAGGAAACGAGGGAUGGAAGGGAAAGAAAAGGAGGAAGAAAGGACGGAAGGGAAGGGAAAGGAGGGAUGUCGAAAAGAAGAAGGGAAAGGAAAGAAAUUAGGAUGGAAGGGGAGGAGAAAGGAAGGGAAAGAAAAGAAAGGAAGGGAAAGGAGAAAAAAGGCUGGACAGGAAAGGAAACAAAAGGAGGAAGGAAGAACAGAGGGAUGGAAGGAAAGGGAAAGGAGGAAGAAAAGGAAGGACGAGAAAGGGACAGAAAGAAGGGAAGAGAGGAGGAAGGAUGGACGGAAGGGAAAGAAGGAGGAAAGGGCAGAAGGAAAAGGAAAUAAAGGGAGGGAGGGGAAGUAAAGAAGGACAGAAGAGAAAGGAAAGGAGGAACAGAGGGAUGGAAGGAAAAGGAAAGGAGGAAGGAAAGACGGAAGGGAAAGGAAAGGAACGAAGGACGGAAGGGAAAGUAAGGAAGGAUAGAAGGGAAGGGAAAGGAGAAACAGUGGAAAGAAGGAAGAGAAAGGAAGGAAAUUAGGAUGAAAGGCUGGAGGGUAAAGGAAAGGAAACAAAAGGAGAAAAAGGAGGAAGGAAGAAAGGAAAUGAAAGGAGGAACAGGAAUGGAAGGAGAAGGAAAGGAACAGAAAGGAAGGAAGAGAGGAGGAAGGAAGGACGGAAGGGAAAGGAAAGGGAAAGCAAUUAGGAAAGAAGGAUGGAAGGGGAAGGAAAGGAGGAUGGAAGGGAAGGAAGGUAAAGGAAAGAAAGGGAGGAAGGGGAAGUAAAGAGGAAUGGAAGGGAAAGGAAAGGAGGAAGGAAAGACGGAAGCGAAAGGAACGAAGGACGGAAGCGAAAGUAAGGAAAUAUAGAAGGGAAGGGAAAUGGUUGAAAGAAGGAAGGGCAAGGAAGGAAAUUAGGAUGGAAGGCUGGAGGGUAAAGGAAAGGAAACAAAAGGAGAAAAAGUUGGAAGGAAGAAGGGAAAUGAAAGGAGGAACAGAGGAAUGGAAGGGAAAGGAAAGGAACAGAAAGGAAGGGAAGAGAGGAGGAAGGAAGGACAGAAGGGAAAGGAAAGAAAUUAGGAAGGAAGGAUGGAAGGGGAAGGAAAGGAGCAAGGAUGGACGGAAAGGAAAGGAGGAGGAAAGGGCAGAAGGAAAAGGAAAGAAAGGGAGGAAGGGGAAGUAAAGGAGGACAGAAGAGAAGGGAAAGGAGGAACAGAAGGAUAGAAGGGGAAGGAAAGGAGGAAGGAAAGAUAGAAGGUAAAGGAAAGGAAUGAAGGACGGAAGGGAAAGUGAGGAAAUAUAGAAGGGAAGGGAAAUGGUAGAAAGAAGGAAGCGAAAGGAAAGAAAUUAGGAUGGAAGGGGAGGAGAAAGGAAGGGAAAGAAAAGAAAGGAAGGGAAGGGAAAGGAGGAAAGAAGGCUGGGCGGUAAAGGAAAGGAAACAAAAGGAGGAAGGAAGAACAGAGGGAUGGAAGGAAAGGGAAAGGAGGAAGAAAAGGAAGGACGGGAAAGGGACAGAAAGAAGGGAAGAGAGGAGGAAGGAAGGACGGAAGGAAAGCGGAAGGAGGAACGGAGGGGUGGAAGGGAAAGGAAAGGAGGAAGGAACGGAAAGGAAGUGAGGAAAGGACAGAAGGGAAUGGUGAAAAGAAGGAAGGAAAAGAAAAGGAAAGAAAUUAGGAAGGAAGGAUGGAAGGAAGGGAAGGAGGAAGGAAGAACAGAAGGGAAAAAAUAGGGAUGGAAGGAGAGGGAAGAGAUGGAAGGAGGAAGAGGGAAAGGAAGGACAGGAGAUAAAGGAAAGAGGGAAUGCAGGAAAGGAGGGAAAAAGGAAGGAUGGGAAAGGGACCGAAAGAAGGGAAGAGACGAAGAAGGAAGGAUGGAAGGGAAAGAAAAGGAGGAAGGACAGAAGGGAACGGCGGAUAGAAGGAAGGGAAAGAAAAGGAAAGAAAUUAGGAAGGAAGGAAGGAAGGAAGGACAGAAGGGAAAGAAACAGAGGAGAAACAGAAACAGAGGGAAGAGAUGGAAGGAAGGACAGAAGAUUAAGGAAAGAGGGAAUGCAAGAAAGGAGGAAGGAUUUUGUUUCCUAAACUAGUUUUUUCUCUUUGCAGGGUUUUGGAGACAGGUGACCCCCCCCCCCGACCCCCCCGCAGGUCCCCCAGGAAGGAAGAAGGAAGAAGGGAGGAAGGAGUGGAGUCCCGCCCUGCCCGCAGGAUGAAGAAGGAGGCGGGGGAGCCGGCGGCGUGUGGGGCGCGUCCUUUGGGGGAGGCGGAGGGGGAGGGGCCCGGCUGGGGGCAGGCGGUGCGUGGGGAGCUGGAGGGCCCCCCCGGGCGCUGGGCGGACCAGGUCCACAACUUCCGCAACUUCUGCUUCCGGAGCUCCCGGGGCCCCCAGGAGACCUGCACCCGGAUCCGGGCCCUGUGCCACCAGUGGCUGCGGCCGGAGAAGCACAGCAAGGCCCGCAUGAUGGACCUGGUGGUCCUGGAGCAGUUCCUCAAGGUCCUGCCCCCCGAGAUGGAGGCCUGGGUGCGGGACCGGAGGCCCCAGAGCAGCGCCCACGCCGUGGCCCUGGCCGAGGCCUUCCUGGAGCCCCAGGUCAGCAAAGCCUUGCUUGAUGUGGCCCCUGAAGUCAAGAAGGAGCCAAUGGACAAGAAGAAGACCUCGCAAGGGGAUCGCCAAGAGGCCGCAUCUCCAGGAGAAGACAUGGAAGUUGGAGACCACAAACCAGCCGUGAAGGUUCCUUCUAGGUUGCUUUCUCUUCAAAGUGGAAUCGACACUCAGGACGUCCCACCCAAUCAGGAUCCAGUGGCCGUUGAAGAGAAGCCCGACUCUUCCGGAGAAGAGGAGCCGCCCUUGCCGGACCUGGGAGGGAGCACGCUGCUCAUGGAGGUCGUGGAGGAGCGCUUCGAGAGCGUGGUCCCCCCAGCACGAGGUGAUUCCAAGGAGAAGGUUAAGAAGGAGACGACUGUUGGGGGCCAGAAACGGGACCACGAUGCCGCCUACAUUUCCCCCAAGGGGACCUACCUGCCCCAGACGCAGCCCCCCAGAGGGAAUCCCACGGGGAAGGAGAGGAGCCAGGCGCAGCCGUCGGAGUUUGAGAAGAGCUUCCUGCAGCAGCUCUUCCGCGGCAAAGGCGAGAAAGCAGCCCCAAAAGCGGAGAGCGAGCACCGGUGCCUGGACUGCGGCAAGACCUUCAACCUGGGCUCCAAGCUGAAGCUGCACCGCAAGAUCCACUCCGAGGAGAAGCCCUUCGAGUGCCCCGAGUGCGGGAAGCACUUCCGGCACAAGGGGAACCUCCAGACGCACCAGAGGACCCAUGCCCCGGAGGAGGCCUUCCGCUGCGGCGAGUGCGGGCGCCGCUUCGGCCACAGCUGGGACCUCAAGAAGCACCUCAAGUUCCACGAAAGCAGGAGGGCCCCCGCCAAGGAGAAAGCGGCCCCGGCGUGGAUCGGGCCCCGGAAGGAUCCUCCGCUCAACGGAGACGCAACGCAGCGGGCCGUUCCCCCCGACGCCGAAGCAGAAGCGUUGACGCCGGUGUCGACCGACCCGUAGGAUCCAGCCCAAGUCGGUAGCCGUGCCUCGGUGGCCUGGGAGUUGUAGUUUAGCAGCAUUUUCAAGGUGCCAUCCAAUUCCGAAAUAUCAAAAGGGUAUGGACAACUUUGGCUUACAUCCCGUCGGGAAUUAUACGGGCCGCGUUUUGUAUUGUCCUCUGAUACUCCUUCCCCCCCCCCCCCCCCCCGAAAAUAAGCCAUGAUUUGUCUCUCCUUUUUCAGAGCAACGUCUUCAUAGGAUUUCAAGGACUGGAGUUGGGUCUGUGGGUUGGUUGAGUCGAGACUACUUUCCUUGUUUAGUACCCUCACAUCGUUGUGGGUUUGGCUCAGUUGUGUUUUAUUAAAGGGGUUUGUUUACAGUA